GCAGCAGAAAAGUGUUUUGUUACCUGACAGCUGAGUCAGAACCAAAGAAGGAGCUGCGAGGCACCAGCCAUGCUCCCUUCCCAGCCCCUCCUGCACGCUGCGGUGUUUGCACUCACAGUCCUUCAGGCCCUUGCCUCUGACACCUUCAUUGCAGCCGUCUACGAGCACGCGGUCAUCCUGCCAGAUGCCACUGGCAAGCCCGUUUCUCCCGACGAUGCUUUGGCCCUGAUGAACAAAAACAUGGAUGUCUUGGAAGGGGCCAUCAAGGAAGCUGCCCAGCAGGGUGCCAACAUCAUUGUGACUCCUGAAGACGGCAUUUAUGGCUGGCGUUUCACGAGGGAAACCAUCUACCCGUACCUGGAGGAUAUCCCUGAUCCAGCGGUGAACUGGAUUCCCUGCACCGACCCCACAAGAUUUGCUCCAGCACCCGUGCAGGAACGACUCAGCUGCAUGGCCAGGAAUAACUCCAUCUAUGUGGUUGCAAACAUGGGGGACAAGAAGCCGUGUAACUCCAGUGAUCCCUGCUGCCCCAGCGAUGGUCGCUAUCAGUACAAUACCAAUGUCGUCUUUGCAGAGGGGAAACUGGUGGCUCGUUACCACAAGUACAACUUGUUUAGAAGAGAAACUCAGUUUAAUUACCCAAAAGAGCCAGAAGCCGUCACCUUUGAGACGCCCUUUGGGAAGUUUGGCAUUUUCACUUGCUUCGACAUCCUUUUCCGCGAGCCUGCCGUGGUCCUGGUGAGCGAGUUGCAGGUGGACACCGUGCUCUUCCCGACAGCUUGGAUGAACGUCCUGCCAUUUCUGACUGCGGUUGAGUUUCACUCUGCCUGGGCUAUGGGCAUGGGUGUCAAUUUACUUUCAGCAAAUACUCACAACACCAUCUUCGCAAUGACAGGCAGCGGGCUGUUCACACCGGAGGGACCUGCCGCCUACCAUUAUGACAGUGGGACUGAGGAGGGAUGUCUCCUGCUAGCAGAGCUGAGCGCACGCCCCCGUCUUUCCCCCACCUACCCCCCCGCCAUCAACUGGAGCUCAUAUGCCACAAGCAUCAAGAAAUUUCCAGGAGAAAAAGACACUUUUUCGGCGGUCCGGCGAGAUAUAUUCACUUUCAGUGAACUCAGGCACAAAGCUGGAAAUGACACGGUUUGCCAAGGAGACCUCUGCUGUCAUUUGGUCUAUCGGAUGUCAAACAAGAGCAAAGAUGAAGUUUAUGUCCUGGGUGCAUUUGAUGGGCUUCACGGUUCUCUCAUAAAAUACCAUUGGCAGAUAUGCACGCUGCUCAAGUGCAAAAGCACAGACCUGAAGACAUGUGGGCAGCCGGUGGAGACGGCUCAGACCAAGUUUGAGAUGUUCUCCCUCAGCGGCACAUUUGGCACUAACUACGUCUUUCCAGAAGUCUUGUACAGUGGGGUGCAGCUGGCCCCCGGGGAGUUUGAGGUGCUACGUGAUGGACGUUUGAAAAGCAAGCAUGGCACAUCAAAACCCCUCGUAACAGCGACGCUUUUUGGAAGGCUUUAUGAGAAGGACCUGCCGCAUCCUCUGCGAACCUGCCCAUAACGUAACUCCUUAGAUGUUACACGGUCACCACAGACAGGAAGGGAAUUCCCUACAGUGAUCCAUCUCCUCAUGAGCCGUGGCAGUUAUCCUGUAUCAUUCCUGUUCUGCAAUCUUGCACUUCUGCUCAGCAGCCGUGGCAGUUGGGUUUAUUUAGGAGAAAUCAAUGUGAUCAAUCUGUUGUGUAUACCUUUUUAAUAGCGCUUCAGCCAGUACAAUUAUUUUUUAGUAUGAAUGCUCUGUCACAUUAAAUCUUUAAUUAGAAAUUAUUUUUUUCCCCAAGAUAUCAUGUAGAUUGCCAGGAUAACACUAGAAAGAAG